AUGUCAAAUUCAAAUUUGAAUCCAAAAAAGAAUCGUUUUGAAGAAUUAGAAGUUAUAAGAACAAAACUAGAUGUAUCGUUUGGGGAAAUAUCAUCAUUAGUAGAUUCAUGGAUUGGAUUAAAUAUAACCAAGAAAGAUAAAUUAGUUUCAGAAUUAAAAUUAAAACGUAAAUUAACAAAUGAUAAUAAUAAUGAUGAUGAUGAUAAACAAGAUGAUGAUUAUAAAAUAAUAAAAAAGACAUUAUAUAAUAAAAAAGUUUAUAAUAAUAAAGGUGCUGAUGAAGAUGAUGAAGAUGAAGAUAGUAGAACUUCAAUAAUAAAAUCUAAAAAAUCUAAAUUAAAUAAUGAUUCUGAUAAAUUAAUUGAUAAUAAUGAUAUAUUAGCAUUAAGUAUACCUAAUAAUAAAGAAAAUAAGACAAAGAAGAAUUAA